AUGGCCUCCGAAGACGUGGACUACUAUGCUCUACUCGGCAUUGAGUCAACAGCUACGUCGGGGGAGAUCAGGAAGGCGUACAGGCAGAAAUCAUUGAAAGUCCAUCCGGAUCGGAAUCCUGACGACCCGCAAGCCGCGGCGCUCUUUCACGAGCUCUCGAUAGCAGUCGACGUCCUCUCUGACCCUUCGAAGCGGUCCACCUUCGACUCGCUCCUCGCCGCCCGCAACGCCCGCAAAGCGCGCUUCGCAGCGCUCGACAACAAGCGCAAAGCGAUGGCUGAGGAACUGGAGCGGAGCGAGCGGGAGAGUAAGCGUGCUAGAGAGGGGGAGAGGAGUAAGAAAAUGGACGUUGAGAGGUUGAAGGAGGAGGGGAGGAGGUUGAGAGAGGAGAGGGCGCGACAGGCUCAGGGGGCGGAGGAGGGGAGGCGGAAGGUUAGGGAGGAGGAGGAGCGAAGGAGGGUGGAGGAACAGCGGGCGAAUGGGAGGACGAAUGGUGCGCCGGCAGAGGUGGUCGAGUUGGGCCCGCUCGACAAGACGCUCAAGGUUAAGUGGCUCAAGUCUGCGCACCCUUCGCUCGUCGACGACGCCUCUGUCACUGCCUUCCUCGAGCGCACACUCGCCCCCGCAAAUCCCGACAUCGACUCGGUCGUACUCUCAUCCAAGACGCUCGCGAACCCUUCGAAGGGCAAGCACGGCUCAGGCAUUUUGGCGUUCAAGACGCUCAGUGCGGCUGUGAGGGUGGUGAAAGGGAAGGAGGCGGAUCCGGAGGGGAGGUGGAAGGGGUUCGAGGUGGGUUGGGCGGCGGGUCAGCCUCCUGCGGCGCUGGGAGCGCAGGCGGCGCCUUCACCGCCACCUCCUCGACAAUCUGCGUCUCCGCCAGCAUCCGCCGUACCCUCCUUCUCCUUUGCCCCCGCCUCGACAGACGAAGACUCGAUCCUCGCUCGCCUACGACUGAAAGAGCGCGAGAAGCUGAUGGACGAGAUGCGGCGGCAGGACGAGGCGGACGAGGGAGCGGCGCAAUGA